AUGAACCCGUCUGAAGGAAACGAUACUACCUUGCCAAAUCCUGGGGAAAGCACGCAUAAUUCUCUCGGAUAUAGAAUUGCAGAGUAUGUGAUAAUAAUCUUGGGAUUUAGUGCAAAUUCGUUUAUAUGCUUCGCCUUUGCCUACUACCGAAGAAUACGCACAGUGAAUAACUAUUUUGUAGUCAACCUUGCCAUCAGUGAUAUGAUGUUGCUGUUGGUCCUUUGCAUUUGGGAAGCAACGCAAGCCAACCUAAAAACCUUAAGAGAGGUAACGGAAUAUAUGUUGUUUUUAACCAUCUUUGAGGUUUUCUGCAGCACGGCAAGCAUCGUUUCCUUGACUGUGCUCAGCUAUGACCGCUUUUUGUCCGUCACUAAGCCUUUGCACUAUACCACUUUUAUCACCGGGCGAAAAGCUCUUCUCGUCAUCGCCUACAUUUGGUUUCAUUCAGCCGUGAUUGCGCUUUUAGGGCUGACCAGCGAAUUGCCAAAUAAGGAGGUCUUCAAAUUUGGUUAUACGCCUUUACUGGCUUUUUGCAAUUUGCUACUCCCUUUGGCUAUCACUUUGUACUGUUAUAUCAAAAUCUUCCUUAUCGCUUCUAGACACCUGCGGCACAACCCACACCAAAACCAGGGUGCGAACGAGACGGCGAAUAUUCUCACCAAGAACCUUAAAAUAGCCUUUCAUAUCCUUGUUCUUGUUGCACCACUCCUGAUGUUCUGGACUGCUUUCUAUACCAUCAGCGUAGUCGAAAUAUAUUGCCGCAAAUGCAUAUUUUGUAAAAAUUGCAUAACAACAUUACAGGACUGGAUUAUAAGUAACAUGGGGAGCAUUUUGGGGUCUGUGGACCCGAUCAUAUACAUUUUCCUCACAAAAGACUACAGGAAGAUCUUUUUUAGCUGCUUCGAGCGAAACAAUCGCCCGCUUUUCGUGAGCGAGACAUUCCACCUUUCCGCGACAAAAGCGACAACGACUCAAGCUUCACCUGUUUCUUAUCCAGAAAGACGCUUUCCUGAGAUGUGAUGCUGAUUCGAAGUUUGCUAUAGAGUAGAAGGCACGGAUUAACGGGCAGCGUUCGUUCGAGUUACAAACAAGACAGCAAAAGUAAAAGUGGAAGUAAAACUACCACCCGAACAUUGAAAAACUAAAUAAUGUCUUCGAAAAUGACAAGAAAACGGCAAGGCAUUAUUCAAGAUGUACAACAAACAAUGAUCUAACUUCUUAACAUAGCAGGUGUAACAGGAGACAUCGUGUACAAUACUCUUAUUUUCAAACGAACUUCAAAUUUUCACUUGCUAUUGUAGAAGGAGCAAGAAAAUUAAAAGGUCAAUUUCUAAAAGAAUCCAAAACGGUCAGGUUUCGUGGAACAAGAGGAAGUGUAAAGUUCUGUUACUAAGUCAAUGAGCUACAGUUGUAAAUUAGAUUCGGCAGUAAUAAUAUUCGGGUCCAACUAAUCAGCUUUAACAUUGACGAGGGCUUGGAUUAAGAAUGGGGAAAGGAAAAAGGUUUUUGUAAGACAAUUUUAACUUACACUAAGCUCUAAAAAAACAGAACUCGAUGUUUUCUAUUGUUUCGCUGAUGGAGAAUUGACCCAAGAUUAUUUAUCUUCCAUUUUGGCACGACGAGUGUAAACGGUAUAAGAUGGCAAACAAAAGAAGGCUGAGUUUCUUGGUUUUACUUUAUUUUACUCCAUUUUAUUUUAUUUUAUCAUUACCAAUAUUUUUUUCUAAUUUAGCUAAAGUGGAAAUAUAUUUACUAAAACGUGUUCAAUUUCAUUGCAUUUUAGAGUGACUAGCACGAAAAGUUAACUUCGAGAAUUGCCUCCAUUAGGUAGCUCCUGCUUAAUCAUCAAUCUGUCAGCUUCGUGCAGUGCAAGUAAUUUUCUUUGCUAAAUUAACGAGCCAAGAAACACAAAGCUUAGAAAGCAAUACUAAAAAUCUUACAAAGGUAGAGGUGGUGGAAGUCUCCACGUGAGGAGCGAAUUCUUAUUUUAAACAAUGAACUCCCUGUUCUCUUUCGUUAAAAAAAAAAAAUUGCUUUUGAUCGAUACGUACAAAAAUUGACAUCUUAAUGCCCGGGACGUUGAAAAUUAAGAAAUGAAAAGGUAGAUAAUAAUCUCUCAGUAUGAAAACUACUUAUCGUCGAGCAAUUUCACAAAAUAUUCUGGAUUCGACUGAGCAAAUGAUAAGGAGCUUAGGGAGUCACUAUACAACAUAAUAUCUCGAGAAGCAGAAUUUAAAGCGGGGACAAAAACUGAAAUGUAUCAAAAGGAUUCAAUGAGAGCUCAGGAGAACAGUCCCAUUUUGAAUCAAUCAGGCUUCGUAAUCUAUUGCUAGGAUUGGUAGAAGCACGUUAAAUUAGAUAUCACUCAAGUGUCAGAUGUCAGAAACUGUGCUAACAAAGGACAACGAUUGCGAAACAGUUUUUAUGAAGUGCUAACUUCAGUUGCGACGUUUUCUUCAAUUAAUAACAGCAGAGAAUGCGUCGGUGUGUUAUUUGCUGUAAUAACUUUGUUUUUUAUAUUUAUGUAUUUUUUCGUUAAUUAAUACUCCCUCAAUUUAUGAUUACUUCGGUCACGAAAGAAAGUCCAAUUGAAUAACUUGUAGUUUCGCAACAGCUCUAAAUAUUUGCCAGCCGUUGUACCAUUAGGAUUUCAAUUUCGUUUUUUAUUGCAAAAUAGUUUGACACAUAUAUGCAAAUAAAAUAAUUGAAAGAACUUUGUUGAAUUUAUUUUGGAGCGCUCAGGUUAAUGACAUUGGAUAUACUAUAUACAUUCUUGGGUGCAUUCAAAACAACAUGAUUGUUUAAUUAGAAGCUCUAAAUUGAAUCAUACAUAAUUAUGGACUGGACUAUUUUUGCUUUGGGUGUGACACUACAGCGGAAUACUCCUACUAGCUGUAUAAACAGUUUCAACUUAAAGAUAAGCUGAGCCGUCUCUUUGAGUCAAAAAAAGCAAUCAACAUUAAUUUACGAUGACAAAAACUUCAGUGCAAUGAAGGAAAUUUUACCUUUACGUACGCGAGCACAAAUGUCUCAAAAUUAAGGUGAUUGUCAAUCAAAUUCAAAUGAAGAGAGUGACAGCUCUUAAUUCAUAAUGUAAUUUUAAAUUAUCAGUUAAAAGGAAUCACUCAAACAGUAUACCGCACUGAAAAUUAUAUACAUACACAAGAGCCUUUAGAAGAUCCGGGAAUAGCACCGAAUGUUUUUAAGACAUUUUAUUUUCCCAAUUCAGGCCAUAGUGCCAAUUUCAUUUAGAUAAACAAAUAUAUCAGGGUCUAAAUCGCGAAAGAAAAAAUUGAAAAUGGUUAUGUAACGAUUUUACCCAUAUUGUAUUUCCAGUUCAAUACUUGUCUUGACUAGUCUGAAGUGAAAGCACCAAAUAAAUGGAAAACCGCAAAAAGGCUUUCAGGCGACACGGUGAACCAAAAGAAAAUAUAAUGUUAAGCGGGCUUUUUCAGGACUUUUUUAAAAAUUAUUAUCUUUUCCAUCAUGAAUAAGCUUUGCCUCAAUCGCAAAGGUGUAUUUUGCUAUUUUAUACGUUGACCAUGGAAUCAUAAUUCACAAUUCACACAAUCUUUAAUUCAUUAACUCGCGCUAAUUCAUAGUCUCCACCGAGGUACCGGAGAAGUAGUGAUUCUUUUUUUCGUAAAUUUAUGAUCCUUAAGUUGUCUAUCGCCAAACAAGGCGAUCUAUCGCUGUCGCUGCUGGAAUCCAUCCAAGUAAGUCGCACAUUAAAAUUAUAACACAAUCAUUCACUUUCGAAUAGAUUUGAUUGCUAGUUGCCCAUUAGAUUUUUUGCAAUCAGUAUGGAGAUUUUAUCCAACAUAACUGGCAGUCAUUGAAGGCAUUAAGUUUAAGAUAAACCCACAAUACAACCCCCGUCCCCACCCCACAAAGCCUUGUGAGUUUUUCCUUUGGGGGAGAGGUGAAGCGUCUUAAUCCCGAUAAAUCAUUCUCGUUUCCAGGGUCCUCUCCUACUUGUCACUCCGGGGGACAAGAAUGAAAGGACCCUGGAAGGAUCGAUAUUACCAUGGCGACGACAAGCAAAAAAUAAUUUCAACAAAGCAAAAUCUACCGUGACAGAGAAAAAUUCUGUAUGUUUGAAUUCAAAUUUUUUAAAAAAUUCAAAUUACUCCGAAGUAGUAUCACAAUGCUGUUUAAUAAUUAUAUUUCCAUGAUAGGAAAUUUUGGUGAAUUAAGCGCUUUCUUGUUUAUUUGAGCGUUGUUGACAAAAUUCAAUACAAAGUCAAUUGGAGGUGAAAAAUUAAUGGUGAUCGGACGAGGAAAAAGAUAAAAAAUAACGGUAUGAUCUCCGAAAAACUGUAAGGAAUGACCUUUUUAAUAGCAAUUUGUGAGACUUGCACUCUUUGAGAAGCCGAUGGAAUCUCAGUUGGGGGUGGUGGGAGCUUUCCACUUUAAUUACACUAUUUUUCUUGAAAUAUCUGUUACAUGAUUUGCGUUUUAGAUGAGUUUCAGGUUGUCGCUAAUUCAUUCAAACAUUGUAUGACAGUCCAUUACCAGCCAAGAACCGAACCAUAAUUAAUCGAUAAAUUAUUCAUCGGUUAUGGUCGUAACUAUCCAUUACUCAAGAAAACAAAAAGACUCGACCAAAUCGUUUCCCUGAGCUCAUUAAAACCUAAAAUGGGACUUAAAAUCAUAACUAACUAAGCAUUCUCUUUUGUCAUACUUAGAACUAUAAAAAAUAUAUCAAUGAUUAUUGCGAAGGGAAAUCGAAGCAUGGUCGCCCUUUGUUGAUUUUUCUACCACACAGGCGGUUCAACCUAGAAACGAUUAUUCAAGUUUUUCAAUUUGGAAUCCGUUUCAAUAAGCUUAAAAAAUUAAAUGAACGAGCUUUAUGGAGUGUUUUUCAAGAUAAGGAUCCAUAACGACUAUCAGUCCCAAUUAACGAUGACCAAAAAGAAUUGAAGACUUCAAAAUAUUGCCUUUAACUUAACAAGAAAGUGUAUACAGAAUUAAAUAAUCUAGCUCCAUCAUAUAUUAAGCAUUUCUUUUUUUCACCUGUACACCAUAUGACCUUGGGAGGUCUAAUAUUUUAUCUCCUCCCAAAUGUAAUACAAUAUGGACUAAAAUCGAGUAGAUAUUUAAGGGCCUAACUUAUGGAGUUCUCUUAAAGAUAAUGUUACGGAUUGCCUCAGGAUCUUAGAUCUUUUAAAAACCUAAUAUAAUAUUCAUAAUGGACUUUGCUGGUAUACAGUUAUAAUCAUAUCCCUAGUUUAAUGCUGCUCGAUUUUUUUCUUUCUUUCUUUUAAGAGCUAAGUAAUUUAGGCAUUUUGUAUUUAGUAUUUAGCUCAUAGUAGGUUUAUGUCCCUUAAACAAUAUCAUUGCAAGUUAGUUUAAACAAAGAUUCCAAGUAUCUAAGUGUCUAUAGAAAGCCAAAGACAUACACUUCUAGUUGAGGUUUCAUACUGUUGUAGAAUAUUUUUUUUAUUAUUAUUCUAUUUUUUAUUUUUUAAGUAAUCCCGAGAAAAAGAAAUGACACAGCUCUUUUAAAACAAAGUUUUACGCAUGAAUAUCCUGACUCAGAAGCCUCAGAGCUUAACGCACCCCGAGAAAGGAUCACUCUCCAAGAGAGCGAGUAAUAAGUGAAUAGGAAUAAUCGAGAUGAAGAUUAAAAGAACGUGAAUUCACUGUUAGAGCGACGUUUUCGCCGCUCCGCCGUCUCCGUUCUCGAAUCUUGAGAUCCCGGCCUAUCAUCGACUCGAUUACCAGCUGCUGUUUGGGAAAUGAGCCCACGCUCUUCUCAGGAGGAACAGGACCAAAGCUGAGAGAGGGGUGGAAACCGAGCCUAAUGGCUUCUAACACUAAGAGCUCAACAACAGUUUUCUAGUGCCGGGGGUACUCCCUAAUAUGGGCUAUAUAGGUAUGUGCGGCCCCAAAGGGUAGGGUUUUUCAGCCGUUUUGGUCAUAAAUUGGGUAUCGAUUUUGGCUAUUUUGCCGCCAUUUUGGUCAUAAAUAGGGUAACGAUUUUUGCAUUGUAGUCUUGAAUGCACUUUUUUAGAAGAAGCUACUUCCUUAUGAUGUCCCCCUAACCUAAUAAAAGCAGAUAAACAUUGCCUUUAACAUUGGUCUAAACUAGGGAAAUAAUUAUAAGGCAGGUCUGAAACAGGGUAUUGAUUUAAGGGUCAGGUCAUAAAUAGGGUAUCAAAUUUUUGGUUAGGUCAUAAAUAGGGUAGGGAAAAUCGCAGAUUUUGGUCAUAAAUAGGGUAAGGGUUUUGGGAAGCGGGCCGCACACCCCUACCCAAUUUUUCUGCGAGUACCCCCCCCCCCGGUUUCUAGUGCCUGUCGUUUUAAUUACAGAACCUAACAAUUCUAAUUCAUGUAAUAUCAAGAUGUUUUAUCUCUUCGAACUAGCAAAUUGACAACUUUUACAAACAAACAUCGCGUUAAUGACAUACUGUGUAACCAUCGAGAUGUGCGCACCUGUCAACUCUCGACGAUACCCAAUCAUAUCGCGGUAAAUCAAUAAUUACUCAUUGCCGGUGCAUUAACAUUAAUGAUACAGUUGUGUUAUAAACGAAGGAAGUUAAGCGUAAGCAGCUUUCCUGUUUCUCGUUUGUUCCGUUCAGUUAGACCCUCAACGAAAAGGUAGGAAAUCUUAAAGAAGGCAGUUUUUUUUCAUAUGUUAUUUUGCCUCACGGUGUUUUCAAACAUUGAACUUUCAUUUAUUUUCAAACUUACCCAACAUUUUUAUUAUUACUCAUAACAUGCUCGGAGAACAUGUUCAAGUGGUGUCAACAUUUCGGUAAUCUUGUAGCACUUACCGUUUAUCGCACAAAUGCUAUCCUUUACAAAAUUGAAGCUAAGCAUUGUUGACCUUUAAAACUAGUUGCACCGAUGAAGGGUCUAGGGUAGAAACGAUAUUAAGAUAAUACAGAUUUUCACUUUAAGAUAAAUAAUGUUAAUAUCGAAGCUGUAUUCAGAACGAAAUUUUAUCUCAGUGGGAAAUCUGCCAUCUUUCUUACAAUGUAAUUAAAUAUAUCCGUGUUUACUUGCGUUUAACCUGUCAGAUUAAUUCCAGUCACGAUUUGUGCCAUGUUGGCUAAUGUUUUCCUGCUACGUUGCUACUAAAAAACCAAAACAAUGGAGUGUGGUGUCUAAGGCAAAAACUAAACUAAAAACCUAAACUACAGUGAGAAGUUGCGAUUGAUUAAUUUCUCUCUCUUUCUUUUCUUUCCUUAGUUUUCCCUCCCUUUCCUCUAAUCUUUUUUUGGCUGUCAGUCUGUCAGUCUGUCUGUCUAUCCUUUUGUCUACGUGUCUGUCUGUCUUGCUUCGUUUCUUCCUUGUUUCUUUCUCUCUUCCUCUUUCUGUCUUUGUUUCCUCUGUAUUUCUCACUUACUUACUUUUUUCUUUUUUCUCUUCUUUCCUUUUAUUAUUAUUAUUAUUAUUAUUAUUAUUAUUACUAUUAUUACUAUUUAUCUAUUUAUUUUUUUACGUUAAAGUCAUUUAAUUCGCUUUCAAGCAUCCCACUCUCCCACUACCAGGGCAUUCUCAAGAAGAUAUCGGUUGUGAGGAAUUCACUUCACUUGCGCCAAGAUUGCGCAUUGGCUCUUUUGCCCACUUUAUAUGCAUACCGCUGCUAUCUCAUGACAGCCCGCUUUUUCUAAGUUCAAUCAAUGAAGGGUGUUAAGGGUACUAAAAGGCUGACAUAGACUUCCUCAACACCAGCUCAAACACUGUUUAUUGAUUAUAUUUCCACAGAAGCGCAAUGAACAUCACAAGAACCACGCCUACCAACACCAGUACUACAGCAACCGCAUCAAUGGCAGUUAUUACGACUUCCCUCUCGAUAGUCAUCAUCGGAUUGGCCGGAAAUGGAUUAAUCGUGUACGCGUAUAUCCGUUUUCGCCAGCUACAAACAAUAACGAACUACUUUAUUCUCAAUCUCGCAGUGACAGAUCUGCUGUUGGUUGCGGGCCUAGCCUUAUGGGUUAUGAAAGAUCUCUAUGGCGAUCCAAGUGACAGAGUUCUCCCGAUCGUGGUGGUUAACAUUGAUGUGUUGUGCUUCUCGGCGUCGAUGCUUAGCCUGACUGCUGCAAGCGUUGAUAGGUACCUUGCGGUGACCCGCCCUCUUAGAUACGAACAGCUGAUCACGAGAUCACGGGCUCGAAAAGCAACUCUCCUUAUAUGGGUAUACUCCUUGAUUAUGUUCGGACUUGGUGUGGCCCGCUACCUUAUGGAGAAAAGAGUCUUUGACACAGUUUUUAUGACGACUUUGACUAUCACCAGCUUCGGAAUCCCCGCGUUAGCGAUGAUCUUCGCCCAUCUGAGCAUCUGCAGAUGUGCUUGGAACGCUAAGAAAAGGUCACGUGACACCCACGACUUGUCGCGAAGACGGAGUAAAGAUAUCGCCAAAGGAAUCAAACUUUCGUUUAAUACCCUAGUCAUCUUAGUUCCUAUGGUAAUGGCCUGGGGUGUGUUCUACAUGAUAACAGUCCUGGAAGCUCACUGUGCAACGUGCCGAGCCAACUUUCCUGAGGCAUUUAGCGUUACAGUUGGACUAUUACCUCAUGCUGCAGCGGCCAUUGACCCAAUAGUUUACAUCCUUGUCACAAGAGACCUACGUCGAAGACUCUGCAAGUGUUUUAGUUAA